AUGUCCAAGUUAAAAUGGAUCCUCAAGAAGCUUGAGGUCGAAAACGAACCUGGCUUGAGCAAUGCUCAGUUAAUGUUGACCAACAGUGAUCUCCGGCCAGUGGACCCGGAGCGCCGCCAAUGGACGUGGCUGAACUAUAUCGCUUUCUGGAUUGCGGAUUCAUUGAACAUCAACACAUGGAUGAUUUCUUCCUCUAUGAUCGUCGACGGUCUCUCCUGGUGGCAGUCCUGGAUCUGCGUCUGGGUCGGAUACCUCGUGGCGGCAGCAUUUGUCUGUCUAACAGGUCGCAUCGGUGCCGUCUAUCACAUUUCAUUCCCAGUCACUGCCCGCGCCUCAUUCGGAAUCUGGGGUUCUUUCUGGCCCGUCCUGAACCGCGUGGUCAUGGCAAUCAUCUGGUACGGAGUACAAAGUUAUAUCGGAGGCCAAUGCGUCACCUUAAUGAUCGAAGCAAUCUGGCCCAGCUACCGAAACCUCCACAACGGCCUCUCAGCCAGCGCAGGCGUCGACACAAAGAACUUCCUCAGUUUCUUCCUCUUCUGGCUGCUCUCCCUCCCAGCCCUAUGGUUCCCAGUCCAUAAAGUCCGCCACCUCUUCACCGUCAAGGCGAUCUACUCCCCCAUCGCGGCAAUCGCCUUCUUUGCAUGGGCAAUCUCCCGGGCCAACGGCCUCGGCCCGAUCAUCCACCAGCCCAACACCGUCCACGGCACUGAGUUCCGCUGGGUAAUGGUUAAAGGAAUAAUGUCAUGCAUCGGUAACUUCGCCGCGCUGAUCAUGAACGAUCCUGAUUUCUCGCGUUUUGCUCGAACACCCAAGGAUGCGCUCUGGUCUCAGCUUUUCACUAUCCCCAUUGGUUUUGGCGUGACAUCUUUCAUCGGAAUUAUCGUCUCUUCUUCUUCUUCUGUUAUCUUUAAUGAUGGGUAUACCUGGAACCCACUCGAUCUCCUUGGCAAAUUCCUCGACGGCGCGAGUUCCGGUCAGCGCUUCGGUAUCUUCAUCAUCGCUACUGGAUUCGCCCUCGCUCAGCUAGGAACGAAUAUCUCGGCUAACUCUGUCUCCGCUGGAACGGAUCUGACUGCUCUCCUGCCUCGGUACUUGAAUAUCCGUCGGGGAAGUUAUAUCUGUGCUGCUGUCGGCCUGGCCAUGUGUCCAUGGAACUUAGUCUCAACCUCCAACAACUUUACAACCUACCUAUCAGCCUACUCUCUCUUCCUCUCCGCAAUCGCAGGCGUAAUGAUCACCGACUACUACAUCGUCCGCAAAGGCUACCUAAACAUCAAAGCCCUGUACAGCGCCCGCACCUCCGAUGCCUACUACUACAGCUACGGUUUCAGCUGGCGCGCGUACGCAGCCUACCUGAGCGGCAUCAUGGUCAAUAUUGUUGGCUUUGCUGGUGCCGUGGGACGGAAUGUACCUGUUGGCGCGCAGUAUAUCUAUAACGUGAAUUAUUUCUCGGGCGUUAUCGUUUCUGGGAUUGUUUAUGUUGCUCUUACUUGGUUUUGGCCUGUGGCUGAAACUAGUGACACUUGGAAUGAGGUUGAUGUCGAUGAGGUUGCGGGGCUUUAUGUUGAUUAUGGACGGGAUCUCGAGGAUUUGGAGGGCAUGGGGAUGGGUGGUGAGAGGGAUGGGGACUUGAAGGGGGAUCAGAAGGUUAGGGCUUCUUCUUUGAAGGGUUGA